UAUAAUGGUCUCAUACUGCAGCAAGAAGAUAUUCGGAACUAUAUAGACAACUCAAUAAAACAUGGUGUCCACCUUUCCGCAUUUCGCAAGGAACGCAUCGGGGGUGAUUCUCAUGGAAUUUCAUAUUGGUAUGAAGAUGAUCCUAUCAUAGGUCAUCGACUGUAUCGUGAAAUUAGAAAGGUUGAGAUAAAGAAAGGAAAAGGAAAAAAUGUACCUCCUAUUCCUCAUUCAUCUUACCAGUGGGAAGCAGUUUCUACUAAUUUGGAUGAAUUCCAAACUGUUUCAGACAAGCUCUUUUCAAGCGAAAAUAGAACAGAGAUUUCGGUUGGGAAGAAAUUGAAAAAUGACAUGCUUCCUGAAAUUGAGAAGGUCCAUAAGAGGAAAGAGAAACUGUUGAAGAAACAAAACAGGCAAGCUCUUAUGCUGGAUAACAUGAUAAACAUGGAUGGUUUUGUUGCUGGGCGCUCUCUCCGUGAUAGAAAACCUGUGACUUAUACUUUUGAUGAUUACGAUCGAUCAAUUAAUGAUGCCAUCAAGGUCACCAAGAAGAAAGAGUCAUCCCCAGAACAUUUUCUUAUAGAAGAAGAAGAUUCUCUUGUCAAAAAUGAAGUUUCGACAAAUGGUAGAUUGAUUGGUCCUCCACAAUAUUCUCAGCAUGAGUUAAAUGCACUGUCUCCAAAAUCUCCUGAUGAUGAGUUUUAUGAUGAUCAACAAGCCGAGACACUGGAACGCAGCAAUCGUCGAAGGCAGAGGCCACAGCGGUAUUCCACGGAAGAGUUCGUGGGAGCGGUCGCGUAUAACGAGGCCGACUUUGACACUGAUGAUGACGAUGUAGUUGGUGAAGUUGUAUACAGUGAAGAAUAUCUAAGGGGACGAAAGAAGAGGAAAAUGUCGAGUAGCUCAGAAGGAGACGAAGAGUAUCACUUGGACGAAGAAAAUCCUGAAGAGGAGGAAGAGGAAGAAGAUGAUAUGUUAAGUGCAAGUGAGGAGAGUGAUGGGCCUCACAGAUACAAAACAUUGCCGGGCCGUACUAGGAGGGAAACUAAAUUGAGGUCAGUUGGUGAGCUCCAGUCAGGUCUUAGACGCAGUAAACGAGCAACCAGAAAUCGCGUCAAUUAUAAGCAGUAUGAGAUGUCUGAAUCUGAAACCGAAUCAAUGAAAUCUGAUAAGUCGAGUGCUUUAGAUAAGCACUCUAAUGCAAGUGAUAACACAGAGUUUUCAAUGGGAAGUCAAUAUUCUGAUGAAGCCAGUGAUAAGCAGGAGAUUCUCAUCAAUCAGCCCAUCGAAGAGCAUCUCGAGGUGGGCAAUAACGAGGAAACACAUCCCCCAGAGAGAUCAGAUAGCACUGGUCAAAACGAAGUUGAAGGUGUAAGAAAAAGACGUUUUCUUGAUCUAAAUGAACUUGCUCCGGGUUCUGGCUUUGAUGAUGGUCCGAACUCCAUGAAAGAUGAAAAUACAGACGACAUCUGAAGUCUCCUUCCCGUCAACCUAAGCAAGGAAUGUAGGUUUUUUUCUUGGAAAGCUGAUUUGUACUCUACAAAGCGUCUAAAUUUUGUGAUAAAUUCACUAAACAAAGGAAUCAGAGAUCGGAGCUCUACCUUUGCAAAAUUAAAGCAACAUCCUGCGUGCAGUUAAUUUAGGUUUUCCUGCUGAGCCUCGUGGUGCUGAGAAAAUUAUAUAGAUUUAGUAGAUUUUUAGCUCAUCUACAUGUAACCGAAAACAAAUGGGUCAUGGAUAGGAAAUUUGGUGGGAGUUCUAUACUCUCUCUUAUCCAGCCUCUGUAACAUAAACCUCUUACCUGAUAUUGUAAGCAAAGAUUUCUUUUAGACGUAGGCUCCCUGACUGUACUUCUCCGAUGGUAGAAGUAAAAGCAAUGGUCCAGUGAGUGACAUAAGUGCUGGUCUGGUUGAUGAAGUUUAUGCAUUUUCUUGGUUAGCA